GGGGGAGGGGCGGAGGAGAAGAUCAGUCCGGACUGUCACUAUCCGCAGACACACACAGACUCCUCCAUGUACACCCAGCAUGGCAGAAGUCAGGAAAUUCACCAAGAGGCUCAGCAAGCCGGGCACAGCAGCAGAGCUCAGGCAGAGUGUGUCGGAAACAGUCCGGGGAUCCGUUAUCCUGGAAAAGGCCAGAGUGGUGGAACCUUUGGACUAUGAAUUGGUCAUUUCCCAGAGGAAGGCUCAGAUCUUCAGCGAUCCCCAUAGAGAUAUGCUCAUGUUCCCUAUGGAGGAUGUGUUUAUUUCUACAGUAGAUCGCCAACACAGAACUAUACAGUCAGCGGUACCAAAAGAUGCAGAAGCUAAAGCCAAGAGCCUGUUUGUGAAGGAGUGCAUAAAAUACUACAGCUUGGACUGGAAAGUGGUGAACUACAAAUUUGAGGAGUACUCAGGGGACUUUCGAGCCUUGCCCUGCAAAUCCUUUCGGCCAGAGAAGACUCCUAACCAUUUAUUUGAGAUCGAUGAGGACAUUGACAAAGAUGAGGAUUCUGCAUCAUUAUGCUCUCAUAAAGGAGGCGUUAUUAAACAAGGCUGGCUUUAUAAAGCUAAUAUUGGGACUACAAUCCCUGUCACUAUGAAGGUUUUCAGAAGACGGUACUUUGACUUGACUCAGCUGCCUGAUGGUUCCUACAUCCUAAACUCCUAUAAAGAUGAGAAAACUUCAAAGGAUUCCAAAGGCUGUAUCUUCCUAGAUUCCUGCAUUGAUGUCACCCAGUGCCCAAAGCUGCGUCGCAAUGCUUUCGAGCUGAGGAUGCAAGAUAAGUCAAGCCAUCAUCUGGCAGCUGAGACGGAACAGGAAAUGGAGGAGUGGUUGCUGACAUUGAAGAAAAUCAUUCAGUACAACACAGACAGCUUGGUUCAAGAGAAGAAGUACACAGCUGAUCCUGUACAAGAUGAAGAGGGCGGCGGUGCUGGGAAGUCGGAGAACAUCAUGGAAAGCCUGGAGAAGAGCAUGCACCCUGAGCUGGUGAAGUAUGGAAGAGAGACUGAGCAGCUGAAUAAAAUGAGCAGAAGCGAAGGACGACAAAAUCUGUUCUCAUUUGACUCAGAUGUGCAGCGACUGGAUUUCUCCGGGAUUGAGCCUGAUAUAAGACCAUUUGAAGAAAAGAGCAGCCGACAUUUCUUAGUGAAUUGCCAAGAACUGAGCUUUAAUUUAGUUGGAAAUGUAAUUGAAAAUUCAGAAGGACCCCUGACAAAUGUGGAGCCGUUCUUUUUAAGUUUGGCACUAUUUGAUGUGAAAAAUAACUGCAAAAUUUCUGCUGACUUCCAUGUGGAUGUCAAUCCCCCAGCAGUAAGAGAAAUGUUGAGUAACCCUUCUUGUGAUACAGCCAGAGAUUCUAGGAGCGGGUCAGCCAGUGGAGCUUUUAUCAAUGGAAUCCCAGAAUCUCACUUCCACUACAUAAAGGAGGGAAUAUUUUCAGUAACAAAUCCACAUCCUGAGAUUUUCCUGGUAGCGCGUGUGGAAAAAGUAUUACAAGGGAAUAUCGCACAUUGUGCAGAGCCGUACAUCAAAAAUUCUGACCCCACUAAGACAGCACAGAAAGUGCACAAAAUAGCUAAGCAAGUAUGCAGUCGCCUUGGUUGUUACAGGAUGCCAUUUGCCUGGGCUGCAAGGCCAGUAUUUAAGGACACUCAGGGGACGCUGGACAUCGAAGGGAAAUUUUCUCCUCUUUACAAACAGGAUAGCAGCAAACUUUCCAUUGACGACCUGCUAAAGCUACUGGCUGAAUACAGGAAACCAGAAAAGACCAAGUUACAAGUGAUUCCUGGACACCUGGAUGUUUCUAUAGACUGUGUUCCUCUAGACUUUUCCAAUUGCGUCACUUCUUCCUAUAUUCCGGUCAGGCCGUACAACAAAGAAGAUCAGAGGGUUGCUGUGGAGGUGGAGGAAUUUGUGCCGGAAGUAACAAAAUAUUGCUACCCGUUCACUACCUACCGAAACCAUUUCUAUGUUUACCCUCUGCUCCUAAAGUACGAUAAUCAGAAAACAUUUGCCAAGGCUAGGAAUAUUGCAGUCAUGAUCGAAUGCCGAGAUUCGGAUGAGCCUGAUGCACAAGCACUAAAGUGCAUUUAUGGAAAGCCUGGUGGUCCGGUAUUCACAACAAGGGCAUACGCCAUUGUCCUACAUCACAAUCAAAACCCGGAGUUCUAUGAUGAGGUAAAAAUUGAGCUUCCACUUCAUCUACACCACAGGCACCACCUGUUGUUUACCUUCUAUCACGUCAGCUGUGACAUCAACUCAAAGGGAAGCAGUAAGAAACAUGAGAGUGCUGAAACCCCCGUUGGGUAUAGUUGGGUCCGUCUGCUGAAGGAGGGUAGAGUUAUCACAUCAGACCUGCAGCUGCCAGUUUCUGCCAGUCUUCCCCCCGGAUAUCUGAGUCAGACUGAUCCUGAUACAAGGAAGAGUGGUAAUGAUAUCAAGUGGGUGGAUGGUGCCAAGCCGCUCUUUAAAAUCGGAAGCCAUUUGGAGUCCACAGUCUAUACCCAAGAUUUACAUCUGUAUAAUUUCUUUGAGUUCUGCCAGAAGAUACUGCCUGGUUCUAAGGAGGUUCCUAAUGACCUUGUGAAGUAUUUGAAGUGUCUGCAUGCCAUGGAAGUCCAAGUCAUGAUCCAGUUCCUGCCCGUUAUUCUUAUGCAGCUCUUUCAAGUUUUGACAACACUUUCCCACGAAGAUGAGGUUGCUUCAAAUUGUACUUUGGUUCUUCUUCAUAUUGUGUCAAAAUGCCAUGAAGAAGGUUUGGAUCACUACCUCCGUUCUUUUAUUAAGUAUGUCUUUAAGACCCAGAAGCCAAAUUCUCCUCAGGGCAAAGCACUGCAUGAAAUUCUGGCUACAGCAAUGAUCAUGGUGCUGAAACAGUCUGCAGACUUCCUGGCUAUUAAUAAGCUGUUAAAGUAUUCCUGGUUUUUCUUUGAUGCAUUGGCAAAAGCCAUGGCACUGUACCUUAUAGAAGAGAACAAGAUCAAGGUACCAAGACCUCAGAGGUUUCCUGACUCUUUCCAAAAUAUUAUACAUUCUCUGCUGCUGUCCAUAAUACCACAUGUCACCAUACGGUAUGGAGAAAUACAGGAAGAGUCCAGGAAUGUUAACAUCAGCUUGGCCCAUUUCAUAAAGAGGUGUCUAACAUUGAUGGACCGAGGGUUCGUCUUCAAAAUCGUCAAUGACUACAUGUCUGGAUUCAGUCUAAAAGACCCAAAGAUAUUAAAUGAAUACAAAUUUGAGUUUCUACAAACCAUCUGCAACCACGAACACUUUAUUCCCUUAAAUUUGCCAAUGACGUUUGCCAAACCCAAGCUACAGAGAGUUCAAGAUCUGUUAUCAUACGCUGUGGAGCGGUUUGGCUCUGUAGAUAUGAAUCUUGAAUGCAGUUUAACAGAUGAUUACUGCAAGCAUCACUUCUUGGUUGGGCUUCUGCUGAGAGAAAUGGUCCAGGCCCUACAAGACAACUGUGACAUCAGAUAUGCUGCAAUCUCUACAGUUAAACAUCUGCUGAUCAAGCAUGCCUUUGAUAACAGGUAUCAGCACAAGAACCAGCAAGCAAAAAUUGGCCAGCUUUACUUACCCUUGGUGGGGAUGUUGUUGGAGAAUGUCUCAAGGUUCACUGGGAGGGACUUAUUGUAUCAUUGCACACCUAUGUCAGCAUCUGCUUCCAGAGACACAUUUAUAUACAACUUCUCUUCUCCAUCCAAUAGAUCGAGCUUGAUCAUGGACAGAGACACAGGGUUCAGUUCUUUUUCCAAUGGCUGCAUAAUGAAAAGAGAGGACUCCCGGGGAUCAAUUUAUGCUGAUGGAAUGAAUGAACAAAGCAUGAAUAAUGAAAAUAUGCGGAGAAGCUCCACUAAAAGCAUGGUGUCCCAUUAUAACAGACUGGACGCAUAUGAAAUAAAAAGCCUUCUCAUCUGCAAUCUGUAUGUCAUCAGAGUCAUUUCAGAAGAUUCGUUGGUUGGCUACUGGAAUAAAAUGUCCCCCCAGGAGCUCUUAAACUUUCUUAUGCUUUUGGAGGCCUGCUUAUUCCACUUCCGCUAUGUAGGGAAGAGAAGCAUUGCCAGGGUUCAGGAUGUCUGGACAUCUAAGCAUUUUGGAGCAGCAGAUAGAAAAUCUCAAACAAUGCCGGCUCUGCGGAGCAGGACAGGAGCCUCACGUCUGCAUCUUAGCACCUUAGAGAGUUCCUUCACACUCAACCAUAGUACAGGUGUCACAGAAGCAGACAUUUUACAUCAGGCAUUGCUGGAGGGUAAUUGCAGCACAGAAGUGUCUUUAACUGUCCUGGAUACCAUCUCCUUCUUCACUCAGACUUUCAGGACUCAGCUCCUGAACUCAGAUUGUCAUAACUCACUGAUGAAGAAAGUGUUUGAUAUUUAUUUGGCUUUUCUGAAAAAUGGACAAUCAGAGAUAUGUUUGAAGCAUGUCUUUGCAUCGCUUAGAUCCUUCAUCAGCAAGUUUCCAUCAGCGUUCUUUAAAGGAAGAGUGGAUAUGUGUGCAGCAUUUUGCUAUGAAGUUCUCAAAUGCUGCACUUCAAAACUCAACUCCACCAGAAACGAGGCAUCGGCUCUCCUCUACCUUCUUAUGAGGAGUAACUUUGAGUUUACCAAGAGACGGACAUUCCUGAGGACACAUUUACAAAUAAUAAUUGCUGUAAGCCAGCUAAUUGCUGAUGUCGCACUUACCGGUGGCUCCAGGUUCCAGGAAUCACUUUCCAUUAUUAAUAAUUUUGCCAACAGCGACAGAGCAAUGAAGGCCACUGCUUUUCCUUCAGAAGUCAAGGAUUUGACAAAAAGAAUUCGUACUGUUAUAAUGGCAACAGCACAAAUGAAGGAGCACGAGAAGGACCCGGAAAUGCUGAUUGAUCUUCAGUAUAGUUUGGCCAAGUCCUAUGCAAGUACACCAGAGCUCAGAAAGACCUGGCUAGAAAGCAUGGCCAAAAUCCAUGUAAAGAAUGGAGACUACUCAGAGACUGCAAUGUGCUCCAUCCAUGUAGCUGCUUUGGUUGCUGAAUUCCUAUACCGAAAAAAACUCUUCCACACUGGUUGUUCUGUGUUUAAGAAGAUCACUCCCAACAUAGAUGAGGAAGCGGCAAUGAAAGAAGAUGCAGGCAUGCUGGAUGUCUACUACAGUGAGGAGGUGCUGGUGGAGCUGCUCGAGCAAUGUGUGGAUGCCUUGUGGAAAGCAGAGCGAUAUGAAUGCAUUUCUGAAGUCUCAAAGCUGCUGAUCCCAAUUUAUGAAAAACGGCGAGAGUUUGAGAAACUUACACAGCUCUACAGGACUCUUCACAAUGCCUAUACAAAAAUUCUGGAGGUCAUGCAGACUGGAAAGAGGCUGUUAGGAACGUAUUUUAGGGUGGCCUUUUAUGGGCAGGCUUUCUUUGAGGAUGAAGAUGGUAAAGAAUAUAUCUACAAGGAGCCAAAGCUCACAGGCCUUUCUGAGAUAUCUUUACGUCUUCUGAAUCUGUAUGGUGAAAAAUUUGGAGCAGACAACGUGAAAAUUAUCCAAGAUUCUAACAAGGUGAAUGUCAAGGAUCUGGACCUGAAGGUUGCCCAUAUUCAGAUUACCUAUGUGAAGCCUUACUUAGAAGAGCAAGAGCUUUCUGAUAGGAAAACCAACUUUGAGAAGAAUCACAACAUCACCAGAUUUGUUUUUGAAACUCCAUACACUCUCUCAGGGAAAAAACAUGGAACUGUGGAAGAGCAGUGCAAGAAAAGGACAAUUUUAACAACAUCCAAUUCUUUUCCAUAUGUAAAGAAGCGAAUCCCAGUCAUCUAUGAGCAUCAGGUGGAUCUGAAGCCCAUUGAUGUGGCUAUUGAUGAGAUAAAGGAGAAGACGGCGGAUUUGCAGAAGAUCUGCUCUACAGUUGAUGUGGAUAUGAUUCAGUUGCAGCUAAAGUUACAGGGUUGUGUAUCUGUGCAGGUGAAUGCUGGUCCUUUAGCAUAUGCUAGGGCAUUCCUUGAUGACAGCCAGUCCAGCAAACAUCCCAGCAAAAAGGUCAAAGAGUUGAAAGACAUAUUUAAGCAGUUUAUACAUGCAUGUGGCACUGCAUUGGAUGUAAAUGAGCAGAUCAUUAAAGAGGACCAAUUUGAAUAUCAUGAAGGAUUAAAGACAAACUUUAGGGAUAUGGUGAAGGAACUUUCUGACAUUAUUCAUGAGCCAAUGUAUGAAGAUUACAAUAGUAAUUCUUCCUGGAUGCAGAAUUCUCUACAUGUCUUUUGCGCCAUCAGCGGGACUGCAUCUGAAUAAUCGCUCUGCAACAGCAAAAUACAACCCACCUUUCACCUGUCUCAGGAAUAACCCAACACAGACUUUUGUAUUGAUCAGUGGGAAAAAGAUACGUUCUGCCUCAGCAGAAUCACAGGAGGCUUUUUCCGGAAGACAAAUAAUUGCCACUGAGAAAAUAUUCUGCGGUUGCAAUUGUAUUGAGAGCUGUUACUGCUACUGUAUACUUGGUAUAUAAUUAUGUAUAGUAAAAAUAUUAGCAGUAUUCAUGAACAUGUAUGGAUGUGUUAUUAAAGAUGCUUUUUGCUUUCAGUA